GCAACCCCGCCAUUUAAAUGUUUUAAAACUCGCGUGCUUCCCGUUUAUCUCAAGUGAGUUUAAGUGAAAGGAGAAUAAGCGACACGCCUGAUAGACUGUCUUCAUCUCGUUUAAGGUAAAAUUAAAUAAGCAUCAUGGGAUCCAGUGGGAGCAAGAUGGUUGUCUCUGCACCAGUGAAACACCAAGUAGUCUUCAAAAACAGUCGAGUUGGUGAACUGAUGGAUCCACGCUCUCCUUCAACAGGAAUCGACCGCACACCCAUUCAGGUCAAUGUGUCCAAAACUGAUGGUCCACUGGCAUUCACUGAUCCCCGCUCACCUACUAUUGGCAUCAGCCGCACCCCUGUCAGAGAAGUCAUGAGAGCGACAGUUGGAUCGUUUGCCCGUCGCCUGGGCAUGCUGCUGCACAAUGAGACUGAAGGCAAAGUCUCUGAAGCCCCUCAGAAAAACGUCAGUGAUGCUGUGGAAGAAGAGGGGGUCUUCGAGAGUGAAGAGCUGGCUUCCACAGAACCCCUCCUGACUCCUCAGCCCUCCCACACCUUUGGCUCCAUGGAUGAUCACGCAACCCUCCUGGCCACCCCUGUGCAACCCCCUCUUGAAAGUGUGGGUGACUCGAGCCCCUUUGUGCUUCUUGAGAAUCCCCAAGUGGAAGUGGAGAUAGAAACUGUUGUAGACAUCAGCCUGGAGGAGGCUGAAGAAGCAAGAGAGUCUCCUCUUCACAAGAGACUGAGCAUGAGCCUGAUAACUUGCCAUGAGGGGGCAACAUCAUCCCAGAUCUUUGCUGAGGUGCACCAUGACAGCGCUUCAUCCCCGGCGCCUAGCGCCGAAGUGGAGCUACUCAAGAAUAGUGUGGAUCAUUCUUAUGCUCUUCCUGUUGUCAGUGUUGAACCAGAGGUGCCUGCUGACCUUCCCAUCCCCAUUGAUUCAGAUGGUUCCCCUGCACAGCCUGAAGAAGCAGAGCCAUCUUCUGAGGAAGCCAAAGAGCUUGUUGAAGAAUCCUCUUUGCCUCCUGCACCAGAGCCACCGACUGUCCCCAGCCCAGAGCAGCCACCGCCCAGCACCGGCAUCCGCUGCCCCACUUUCGACUCAAAGAGCCCCAGUCAGGUGGUCUUUAAGCCGCAGUGGUUGGGAAAAAGUUUUGGCGCCUCUGGGCUGAGAGCCAGAGGAGUGCAGGGUGGGAAAGGAGGCUCCUCUCCUCUUGCUGUCCGCAUGGCCGUGAAGAAAGUCACCGAUGAGAACCAGAGACUUUCUGGAAAAACAAAGCAGAAAGGUACUGAAGGCCGCUCCCCGCUGCAGGUCCUUAAGGCGACCAACUCUCCCAGGGACCAGCGUCCACAGAUGAAGCUGAAGGUGUCCACCCCAGAUAAGCAGAGGCUCGGACAGAUGGAUCGCAGAGUGCUGGCAGUGUCUUUGGAUAAGGAGAACAGAUAAUUCACUGCAGAGACGUGUACAGAAUCCUGCUGCUUUUACACCUUUUAAAACAAGCUUUUAUAUGUACAGCUUUCUUUAACCUUUCUUUUCCCUGUUUAUAUUACAUUUAUUACUACAGUUUUCUAUCCUCUUGUAAAUAUAAAUAAAAUUAUUUGCAUUCAUACUUCAGCUUUAAA